GUUUGUUUGGUUUGACAAAGGAACAGGCACACACAUUGUCCUCGACCACCAGCAGAACUGCCCCCAGCCAGAACGGGAUAGCUACAUUACAAACCCGUCAGCAGCCACAUGGUAAGGGAAGGACCAAGCCGUUUCUGCACCGUCCUGGUAAAGAAAUUACAGAGGUCAUCGCUGCCUCCCAUCUCUGAGAUCCCGCCACACAUCCUUUCUUACUACGCCUCAGCCGGCCGACUUGACUACCCCCCUCCCCGGAGUCGCUGCCAGUCCACUCCUGCAAGAAUGCUCAUUCCGCAGGCUCAGCAGCCGCAGCCGCAGCAGCUGUCUGACGGCGUCGUCCGCACGGCAUCCUUUGCCAGCCGGCCUCCAAGCCCACCAUACCUCCACAUCCCCACUUCAACGAGGGAAGACAAUAGCAAGUCUCUCACCCUGACCCCGUCCUACGCCGCCAUUGACCCUCGCACUCUCACCCCCGAGGACCUGCGCAUCAUCACCGGCGGAACAGUCCAGGAAGCCUCUGAGGAUUACAAGAACACGUGGAGGUAUGAAGACCGGCGCAAGGCCCAGCCCAUCCUGGACUUCCUCUACCUCGGCCCCCUCGCCGUGAUCCGAGACCAUGAGUUCCUCAGGCAACAAGGCAUCACUAUGCUUCUUGCGGUGCGCGAUGCGUCCAUGUCACACCUGCGCCUCGUCGCCGUGGAAAGGGCCGCCGCGGAGCUCAAUCUGCAGAGCGAGUAUGUCGACGUGGCCAGCCGGAACCAGCUCAUCCACGACUUCCCUCUCAUCAUCGCCAGGAUCAACAACCACCUCCUGAGUGUGUAUAAGAGUCAGCUACAGGCAGUCAAUGACGCCGGUAAUAUGGCCAUCGACACGGCCACCUUCAAGCGGGGCAAGGUGCUCGUCUUCUGCGAGACUGGCAACGAGCGGUCCGCCGUCGUCGUGGCGGCCUACCUGAUGGCCAUCUAUGGCGCAAGCUUGGUCAACACUGUUCAGUUCAUCUCUGCCCAGCGUUUCUGUGCCACCUUUGACGAGGAAAUGAAACAUAUGCUGCGGUCCUUCGGGGACAUUCUCGAGGCGCAGAGAAUGGUCUCCAACGGGGCCCAGCAGGCUGGCAACGGCCAGGCCUUCAUCGGCCGCCAUUUGCAUGGCGCCACGGCUGGUGCAGACCCAGUGUCUAAGAAGAGGGGCAUCGAUGACACUAUGGAUGAGGACGAUCUAGAGGAUGAUCCCUCAAUGGACCAUGAUCGCUAUGAAGACAGGGUUGCCUUCACGCCGUACAGGCAGAACUGAGUCGGUGCGUCGCAGCCACCGGCCAAGGUGGCAGGUCUGCCAAUGCUCCGGAGCGACCCAUGAUCCGCAGACUAGAGUUAUUUGUCAACUGCUUGGAGUUGCGUCGUUCGGUCAGCGUCUCUCACAUGUCACGCGAUUAUGGACGCAGGGCAAGGUAUAAUCAGGGUCACCCACCCCAUUUUAUUUUAUUUUUCUCAUUGGGAGCGGUGGACAUUUCGUUUGCAUGGCGUUGGCGUUGGCUGAUUUACUGAUACCCAUUCUCUUGGGCGUUCUUGAGCAAGGGGUCUUGCCAAAUAUCAAAAGAAGAAGCCCGGGGAUGUUUGGGCGGCAGUCCAGGAUUGAUACGUGUCGAUAGAGCUCAACUCGAGGCUGCUGCAUAUCGAGUAAGCUGCCGUAAAC